AUGGCGGAACUUGCAGCCCAAAACCGAGACGAUGACGAAGACCAAGGCCACAGCGAGGCAUCUAAAGAAUCUUUUGAGAGUUCCGAUGAGGAUAGCUCGUGGACGUCGACUACAGAUUCGGACCCUGAGGGCGUUCAGACUGCGCAUGCUGAUGACGAAGACCAAGAUCACAGCGAGGUAGAUUCGGGCCCUGAGGACGUUCAGACUGCGCAUGCUGUCGCGCCGAACUACACACUUAUUCCAACCUGUGCAGCCUCGAAUGUUGCAAACACGGCGUUGGAUAUCGGUCCCAGCCCCGGCGCUUGCUGUUUUGAUUGGUGGACUUGCUUCAGUGUUCUGACAACCCUCAUAAGGCCGGCUUCCGCCCUCGGAUGCUGCAGCGUUGUCUACAUAACAGUCACCGAGACGUCUACCUGCGCUUCGCCGAAGUUUGACCUUCAAAACUAUCCCAGUUUCCAGACACCGGGUGUUUGCACUUUGCCAGCCCUUCCACAGAAUUAG